CUCCGUGUCUUCUGCGUCAUUCCGCAGGCGGAGUCUGAGCUGCUAUCACCGACUCUCUCUCCCUCUCUAUCUCUGUGAGUGUGUGAGUACCGUGUAUGUGAGAGUGAGAGUGUGUGUGAUGCUGGCUCCCUGCUCUCCCCCGGUCUGUGUGUGUGUGGUGGCGGACUGCGCGCUCGCGGCGGGGCUGCGCUUCGGCCCUUUCCCGGGAAUCUUCAGACUGGGUCGCUUCGCCUCAGACAGACGCGAGGAGGGCGCCAAGAAGAAGGUGCGUCUUCUGCGCGGGGAGCUCGUGGACGAGAGCGGUCGGUCAGUAUCAGAGUGGAUUGGAUUGAUCAGGGCGGCCAGAAACAGCCACGAGCAAAAUCUGGAGGCGGUGUCCGACUUACCUGGCGGACAGAUAUUCUACCGCGUGCUGAGGGAGGUCCAAGCCGGGGAGGAGCUGAGUGUGUGGUACUCUUCCAGUCUGGCACAGUGGUACCACAUACCCACAACUGCCACCCCCACCCACGACGAGAAAGGUGAAGAGCGCUAUAUCUGUUGGUACUGCUGGAGGAUGUUUCGCUACCCCAACACCCUCAAGGCGCACGUGCACUUCCACUGCGCGCAGGCACGAGGCCCGGAGACCCUCAACCGCUCUCCCAAAACCGGGGAUACUCCGGGAGGCCCCGAGCCCGGCGCGCGCCCGGCGGCCUCUCCAGCCUUCCCAACCAAGGACGGCGCGCUGGAUAUGAGCGUGACGUCAGGCAGGCACCACGGGACCUCCUCAUCGUCAUCAUCGUCGUCCUCCCCUGCGUCCUCACUGCUGCUCCUGCACCACGUGGGCUUCCAACCAGGUGCGCGCUCGGCCUUCAGGCCCACGGGACUCUCCAAACUUGCACUUUCUGCACGAGGAGAUAGUGACGACGACCGAGUUGGAGAACGGGAUCGGGAACGAGACACGAGGGCCGAAGGGAAACUGAGGCCUGGGCGCACCUUGCUGGAACCCUCACUCAAAGGCGGGCACCAUGAGCCUGUAAGCAACGCUGUGGCACGUGCCUUCCCCUUUCUGCCGCACUUCAACCACGAGGAUGCCACGAGCGCCUCUGCGGCAAUCGUGACAUCGUCCAUGAUGACGUCUUCGCCGUCUUCCGCCUUUAAGCAUGUGGAGAGAGGGGCUCAUCACCCACCUCACCACUCGCACCCUCCUCACCCGCCAGUCUCGCGGUACCCACCACCAGGGCCCUUUGAGAGGUUUUCCACAGCGCUGGAUGGCAGCAAGUCUUCUUACACUGGGGGCAGCGGAGUCAAUGUUGGUGGACUUGCGGGUGGUGACUGCAGCAUGCCGCUCAUGCCAUUCACUGUCUAUGGAGGUGAGCUCUUGUACGGGUCACCCUGCUACCCACUCCGACUGCACCUGGGUGGGCUUCUCCGCUACCCUGAUGCUGUGCCGUACCUGGCCGGUGCACCCUCACUGGCACCAGACCUUGGUCAAUUGGCGGCGGCUGCAGCAGCUGGAGGGGGGCUUGACCGGGAUCUGGUUGCUGUCCAUGCUCAACGCCGCCUGUCAGAGAUGAUGAUGACGACCACCGUGACGGCUGAUGAGGAUGCGAUGAAGGGCCGGGGAGGGCUGGAGGCAUCAGUACGUGCCUCUGCCUGCGCCCCAGGCAAACCCAAAAAGGGUCACCUGUGCCUGUACUGUGGCAAGCUGUAUUCGCGCAAGUACGGUUUGAAGAUUCACAUGCGCACGCACACUGGAUACAAGCCACUCAAGUGCCGCGUGUGCUUUCGGCCCUUUGGUGACCCAAGCAACCUCAACAAACACAUACGGUUGCAUGCAGAAGGCAACACUCCCUAUCGAUGUGACCACUGCGGAAAGGUGCUGGUGCGCAGGAGGGAUCUAGAGAGGCAUGUGAAGUCCAGGCACCCCGGUCAACGAGCCAACACCACAGCCACUGGCACUGGCAUAAAGAAGGGUGAAGAAGAGGAAGAGGAUGUUGGCAGGAAGAGCGAGGAGGAGGAGGAAGAGGAGAGCGAUGUAGAUGUGUGCUUUACUGACGAACACAGUGACCACGAACAUAUCAUAAAAAGUUACGAUAAAUCAACAGCUUCGAAGCUGGACUGAGUAGACCACAUGUGUAAAUUAUAAAUGUACAUAUUGAUUCUGUAGCCUGGAUCUGUUUCCAGCAUUUCUAGACUGGAAAAAAAUGUUGGGAAAUUUUGACUACAAAAUAAAAAAGCUCUCAAAAAUGUACCCUAUCUUUGGAGCUGCACUUUACACCAACUUUUUCCAACUUGGUAACAGAUACAAGCAAAGUUGGGCGAGGCCUGUGAAACAUAUGCAUUUUUUAAAAUGUAACAAUUUUAUUUUAUUUUCUUAUUUUCAAAUUGUAUGUUCCUCUCCUUUUACAUGUUUUAUAAUCUGUAUUGUUUCUUUAGUUCUGGCACUGUUUAUCAUACCUGUCUGUCCAUUUGUUUGCACUUUUCCUUUUCAAAAAUUGUAGCUCUAAAAAUAUUCUCUUGGGUGUUUUUAAAGACAUUUGUUUACCCCCUUCCUCCACCCAAGCCCUACCCCAAAAAAGUUUAUGUAAAAAUGUAAGUAUGGUAUAAUUAACUGUUGCAGGUGUUGUUUGUAUUUGUUGUUAAUAAUUGAUAUUGUAAGGACAUAUUUUUCCUCAAUCAGAUUCCUUUCAUUGUCAGUUUUUAAAUAAACUACAAAACAGACAAAAAUA